AUGCAAAGACGGUUAGUCAACACCUUACGAGCGAAACGUUAUCCACAGAAAUAUGAGCAUAAGAUUAAUUUGCACACAGAUGGAUUCCUCAAAACGGUCAUACAUAACAGUCGCGAUAUAUACAAGGAUUUACGGAAUAAUUUCAAAGCCAACCCUGGUUUUAAUAUUAUUUUAUUUAUCGUUAUUGGUUCAUAUGCUUUGACAAUUGUAGGAAGACUGUAUCUUGACUAUAGAAAAGUGAAACAUGAAGAAAAUGUCUGGGAACACAACCAUAAUAAGAAAAAUCCCUUAGAAUCGAUUCCUGAUCAAGAGCCGAUACAUUGUCCGCCUCCAGCUAAAGCGUCCCUAUCUCCAUCUUCAUCAGAAACCUCAAAAUGA